AUGGAAUUACUAUUGCCAGUAUCGGAGGAAAGUCUUGAUUGCCAGCCGUUGUCAUAUAUUCGAGCAUUACAUGAAUUACGUCAAUUCUUAAUCUUCGAUGAAGAUCUUGCAAUUUACCUCCAUUUUGAUGCAGAAUUGUUUCAGUUCAAGAAGUUAACUGUAUAUAUUAAUGAAGCUAUCAUAUUUGAGAGUCAUAAUUUUGACAUCUGGCAAAAUAUUAAUGGAUCAGCACAGUUACUUUUGAAGUUGGACUCGAAAUUAGUACGACAUAAUAUGUUUCGAACAAAUGUUGUAAUGAAUAAUGGUAAUCGGAAUAAAAUUACUUUCCAAGUUCAAUACACUGAAGUUUGUCAAGAUAUGCUGUCUUCAAGUCCCAAGUAUUUGUGCAAUGACGAUUUGCUUCCAAGCUUCGAACAGGUAAGACUCGGGAAUAAUAAAAGUGAAGAGGUAACCGUCUCACCAGAGCCAGCAGAGAUCAAGUUGCAGUAUAAUAUCCAUUCCCUGUUGAACGUUAGAUUAAGGAAAUUCACUUUAAAAUCAAAAAAUAUGAUAUUGUCGUCCCUGGAUUUUCAAACUUCCAAGUUAUUCCGUGAGGUUGUCGACGACCCCGAGAUCACGGUAAAUUUUAUAAGCUACGAAUUGAUUGAUGGCCUAUCAUCUGUGGUAAUAGAGCCUCUAUCCGAAAUUGAAUUCCCACUGGUCUUGACUCAUUAUGAUAGUUAUAGCAUUAACUAUGGACUUUCCAAAAACAAGACGCAUCCUCACCGUGGGCGUAUUGUUAUCAAAUAUCAGUUGAAGAAUAAAGAUCAGAAACAUCAAAUUAUCACAUCUUGGGACACGGAUUUAUCGCCAAAGAAACCUGUGCAGCAAUCUAAUGCUUUGUCUGUACCACCUGCAUCGCAACCGCAGUCGUACUUAACCCCAUAUAUGGGCUCAGUGUCGAUGUUUGGCGGUUACUCACAAAAAUAUGCCGGAUCUACAACAUCGCUACAGCCACCCCAAUCUAGAUUACUAUCCAAUGUGGUAUUUAAAUUCAUUAAUCAUUCGAUCGUAUCUCCAGUCGGCUGCAAGUUUUCCUUGCAUUUACAGAUCCACAACUCGUCAUUGUAUUCUUUAAAUCUCGUGGUUUAUUAUUCUUCCCUAAGAUCACGAGAAUCUCACGACAACCGCAGAAAAAGAAUCUAUGAAGGUAUAAUACUGCUGUCUAAUGACUUCAAGGUUCCAAUAAUAGAACCAGGUGAAACCUACGAACUCGAGUUGUCCUGUAUUGGUAUAAUUGCAGGAUAUUAUAAUAUAUUAAGAGGUUUAAAAGUUGUCGAUUUAGGUACUAAGGAGGUUGUUGAAAUUGGCCGCAACGUAUCCAUCCUAAUUAAAUAG